GACGAUUAUUUAGGUUAACAAUUUUCAACUCGCUAUAAAAAAUUAACUCCGUUGCUGAUCCAGGACAGCUUCCGGUGACUUACAAAACAAAUUACGGAUUGAAAAUGCUGGCGUUUAGCCGCCGAUUAUUGUCUUCUGCUAGUCAGCAGGUGAGGAAGUUACACACAGCUGCCCCUCUGUGCAGUGACCACCUGUUUGUUCACAGACAUACAGCUGAUAACAACCCUGAUACACCAUUUGAAUUCUCACCUGAAAAUCUGAAGAAAGCGGCUUUGAUAAUAAAGAAUUACCCGGAAGGUCACGAGGCAGCGGCAUGUAUACCACUGCUAGAUUUAGCACAGAGACAACAUGGUUGGACACCACUAUCUGCAAUGCACGCUGUAGCAGACCUGUUGAAAAUGCCAAGAAUGAGAGUUUACGAAGUAGCUACAUUUUAUACAAUGUUUAACAGAGAACCAGUUGGUAAAUAUUUGGUACAGAUGUGCACAACCACACCAUGUAUGCUAAAUGGAGUAGGAUCAGAUGUCAUUCUAGAUUGUGUGAAGGAAGAAUUAGGUAUUAAAGUAGGGGAGACAACUAAAGAUGGAAAGUUUACACUGGUAGAGGUUGAAUGUUUAGGUGCAUGUGUUAAUGGACCUAUGAUGCAAGUCAAUGAUAAAUUUUAUGAAGAUUUAACUGUAGAAGAUACUAAAAAAAUAUUAGAUGAACUGAAACAAGGCAAAUGGCCAGUAUCAGGUCCCCAGAGUGGUCAGGACAAGAGAUUUUCAUGUGAACCAAAAGGAGGCCUGACAGCUCUUAACACACCUCCUCGAGGUCCUGGAUUUGGCAUGAGAUCAGACUUGUGAAAUAAAUGAAUAUAUAGUUUAUAUAAAAACAACAAUUACUGUGGUUUUAAAAUGUGAAAAAGUGAGUCAUCAUAAAAAAUAGUGUGAAAAUAAGUGAAUUUUACUUAUGUUAGCAUGAUAAAAUAUUUUGUAAAUAAAUGUUGAUCAAGAUAA